AUGAUGAGCUCACUUUUUUGUUCAACCGGAUUGCUAGAGUUGCAUACCCAACGAACAAGGAAGAUUUUGAUUGUUGAUAAGCCUAGGCCAGAUCAACCCCCCCCCCCCAAAUUUCAAUUUCCUUUUCUAUCCAUCUUCUAUUCAAUACCUAUCAAUUGCAAAAUGAAGUUCUCUUCUUCUAUCAUGAAGCUGCUCUCGUGGUCAUGGACCACCGACAACGACAACAGCAACACCAAGAAGACCCCCGUUCUCCAGGUCGACAAGGAGAUGACGGGCAACGACAACAACAACGACAAGGAUGUUCCUGCAGCAGAGGAAGUCCCAACAUUCCAACUGGACGAGUUGGACAAAGAUGUCGUCCAAACCGCGGCACUGUUGCACACGUAUGGAACGAAUCCUGAUGUGGAGUUCCAGCAGCACGGUCGCUACCUAGGUGCCUAUGACCUGUCCCUGGUUCCUGCGGAUCAGCAUGGUCACUACGGAUGCGACAAAUACAACCAGCACCGGCCCAAAGGUUGUCGCAUCAAACCAAAUCAAUCCGCCAACGCUCGCUGGAAGACCCAUUACGGUCAAGACACCGAACGGAGCAAUGGAAACCGUUUAUCCUUUGCUCCCGUCAACACUGUAGUGGGGUACUCUUCUGAAGAGGGUGAAGAAGACGAAAGCCGCCGUGUUUAUCGAGACAUGAAGAAACAUGUGCCACAGGCCCGAUACGAAUUCUGGCACGAAGCCCAACAACAAUUCAUUUCCGUCGGCACACCCACACCCCACGAACGUGUCUUGGAUCUCGUGCAGUUGAUUCAAGAGUACGGAUACCAACAAGUGGCCCGAUGGAUGACCAACAACCUAUGGUUCCAAAGCGACAAAGCGUACCUAAGACAAGCCAAACUGUACAUUCAAAUUGAUGCCGUGCAUCAAGACCCCGAGGCACUUGUCAAUUUCAUCAAGGCGAAGAAAGGAAACGACAAGAAAGUCUCACACUGGUUCAUGGUUAACGAAAAGGACACUUACAUGUUCGAACUCGCCAUGUGCCACUUGCACCACGGUGGAAUUCAGCGAAACCUCGACGACGAAAUUUGCACCUUGAAUACGCGAGAACAGAUUGCCAAUCGACGAUUCGUCUAUCGCAAGGUCAAGGAUGUCUGCAUGGAAGAUGCAGCACCUGUAGUAGAAGUAGAACAACCAACAACAACAACUAAAGACGUCGAGGCAGUAGAAAAAGUCUCGACCGUCGACGACAACAACAAGAUGGCAUCCGAUGCCACAAUCACAUGCGAAGCGGCGGUGGUUCUCACAUGCAUAGCAGUGGUCCCAUACAUUCAAAAGUGGCAUGUGAAACGCUUCAAGAUCAGUGUGCAUGGACAACAACCAUUUGUUUUGGAGAUGCGAAUGAAGAAUGGUGUGCUACUUGGAGUGGUACCCAACAACAUUCUCGCAGCCUUGAUGAAGGAUGGUGGCGACCUUGUCAAGGAAAUGAUGCGGCGGCACAAGGCACAACAAUUGGAGGCAGGCGUUGCCUCGGAUGAUACAGAUUACAAAUUUGUGACUGGCCAAGUGGUAGCUGAAGAACCACUGGUCGAGGUCGAGGUCGAGGAACAACAACAAGUUGCUGCUGAAGAACCACUGGUCGACAACCGAGUCGAUGAGGAGGACAAUGUGGACACAGCACAAUCAACGUUGCGACGAUCAAAGAGACGCAUGGCGGCAAUUGCAUCUCAAAGAAUCGCAGAACAAAUCAAGACAAAGCCAAUUCGGGUGGCAGAAAAACAACCUAGAAUUUAUAAACGUAGAUGCGCGGCGGCCAGGAAGUUGACAAAGCCAAAGGUGAAGGGCAAGAAGACACAGCCAAAUGCGAAGGGCAAGAAAAUGACGACAAGACCUGUGACGGACACACAGCAGCAAGCAACAGUUCAGACAACAACGCUUUCCGGACGACGAGUAAGAAAGCCUGACCGGUACAUUCCAGUCUAG